GCCUUAGUCGUCAGCGCACAGUCCCGGCGUGAACAGUGCCUGCCCGCGCUCCCGGCACCAGUGACGUCACGCAGACCGGGCUCAGUUCAGCCCAGCCCAAGAUGCAGCUUCUCGUGGGUGCCGCCGUCCUGCUGGCGGUCGUCACCGGCUCCCUCGGCCAGUGCCUGACCUCCAACGACACGGCCAUCAACGCCACCAACGCCGCCAACAUCUACAUCAGCGGCUCGCAUAACUUCAGCAUACGCCUCUUCCAGAAGCUCUACUCGGGUGACGCGACCAAGGAGCGUAACCUGUUCUACUCGCCACACUCGCUGUGGUGUGCCCUGUCUCUGGCCUACUUCGGUGCCGAGGGCGAUACGCAGACGCAGAUGGAGGAGGUGAUGGGCCUGACACAGCUGACCAAGGUGGAUGUGCUGCGCGCCUUCCGCUUCAUCCACUUCUGGGAAGACGUCCGCAAGAUGGACGACACGGUCGGCAAGAACACGCUGCGCGUGGCCAACAGACUUUACUUCGACAAGAAUGAAGAUGUGAAGGAGUGCAUGAAGGAAUUGUUCCACAAUGAAUUGGAAAUGUUGGAUUUCAUUGGAGCCAGCGAGGAGUCUCGGCAAACUAUCAACUCGUGGGUGGAGACGCAGACAGCCGACAGAAUCAAGGACCUGAUUCCCCCGGGCGCCGUGGACGCGACAACCCGCAUGGUCCUGGCGAACGCGGCGUACUUCAAGGGCACGUGGGACUCACAAUUCAAGCCGGACAGGACCAAGCCGGAGCUCUUCUACUCAUCGAAGGAGGAAGUCACCUUCGUCAACAUGAUGAAGCAGAAGGGCCAGUUUAACUUUGGCGUGUCGGAGGAGCUGCAGGCGCACAUCCUGGAGCUGCCGUAUCAGGGCGACGAGAUCAGCAUGUUCAUCCUGCUGCCGCCGUUCAUGGAGGGCGCACUGGACACGACUGUGUCUCGGCUAACGCCCGAGCUGCUGCGCCAGACCAUAGAGUUUAUGUGGCGCGUCGAUAUCCACGUGCAGCUCCCCAAGUUCCGCAUCGAGGAGAGCUACCAGAUGAGCGAGGACCUAAUCGACCUGGGCUUCGAGAACCUCUUCAACGCGUCGGCCGCCAACCUGAACGGCUUCUCGCACUCUGGCAACUUGGUGCUGACCAGAGCGCUGCACAAGUCCUUCCUGGAGAUCAACGAAGAGGGCGCUGAGGCGGCGGCGGCCACGGCGCUCAUCACCAUGCGCACCAGUCGGCCCUCGCAGCCGGAGCGGUUCAUCUGCAACCACCCCUUCAUGUACGUCAUCUACGACAAGAUGAUGCACACCAUGCUGUUCAUGGGCACUUUCGAGCACCCCAAGGCCGCGGCCCUGUCGCUGGACAAGAACGUCUGAGCCGGCGGCGGCGGCGGCGGUGGUCGAGACGCCGAGUCUUGGGCGCCGAAGGCAUCUCGAGGCGUCGACGGCGUCGCGCGGGCCAUCUGAAUGUGUGAUGCGUGGUGCGCACGAGUGUGGGUGUGGACGACCCUCACCGUGCGGGACUGGGUGCACCGAGCGGCGCGUGAGGGGUGGCCAGGGAAGCGCCGGGGACGGCCGCCGGGACAGUGGCGGUGCUCGGACGCCGGACGGCCGGUCACCGGCCCGGCGCAGUGCCCGCACCAGCACAAAGUGCACGCGCACCAGAUCUGCUGUUUGCCGCAGCGUAAUGAUGACCUCCGGGCACCGAUGGCCGGUGGAGAGGGCCGUGGGCCUGCCCUCGACUCGGCGGUGUGCAUGGUAUCGGGCGAACACCAGAGGCGGCCGCUGUUUCACGCCUGUGUUCUGCGCGAGUCGAUGUGUGACGUGUUAUUUUAUCGUGGCGUGACGGAGGCGAUGCAGGAUGCAGAUGCGUCCGGUGUCAGGCGCAAGUGCUUGAUCCAAGCACUGUCGCCUCGUAAGCGUGAACUAAGCUGUUAAUGACAAUUUUAAUAAAAAUAAACGUUACAUGGGCUGUAAAAGAAUAUCUCGCGCAGGUUAUUUGAUGUAAUUUCUUAGAAGGCGUUCACUUGUUGGUCCAAUAAACGUGGCACGUGAUUGGGA